GAAGAUGAAAGAGGAAAGCAUGUGCCCGGACUCCCCCGAAGGCAGCCUGGUCACCAGCGAGGAGGAAGGCGAGCGGCUGUACAAGAAAUGCCUCCGCAAGCGUGGCCAGGGGGGCAAGCCGGCAGAGGACUGCGGUGCCCCCUCACCGCAGGGCAAGCGGAGCAAGCGCAGCCCCGUCCCGCAGUCCUUUGAGGACGUGCACACGCAGCGCGUGAUCGCCAACGUGCGUGAACGCCAGCGGACCCAGUCGCUCAAUGACGCCUUCGCGGAGCUGCGGAAGAUCAUCCCGACGCUGCCCUCCGACAAGCUGAGCAAGAUCCAAACCCUCAAGCUGGCCGCCCGCUACAUAGACUUCUUGUACCAGGUCCUGCAGAGCGAUGAGCUGGACCACAAGAUCACCAGCUGCAACUACCUGGCCCACGAGAGGCUCAGCUACGCCUUCUCCGUCUGGAGGAUGGAAGGGGCUUGGUCCAUGUCUGCAUCCCACUGAG